AUGGAUGACGACGAUAGGAAGAAGAAGUUACUUGCUGGCAGGGAGAGGCUGGCAAAGUUUCAGAAACAGAAGACCUCUCCCGACAAGAAAGUGAAAAAGAAAAAGAAGAAGAAGUCCCCAGCAGAGCAGGUAGAUGAUGGUCUUGGUGGGGCUAAUGGAGACAGUGACCUAAGCACUCCAGGACCAUUAAGUGAUGACUCUUCUUAUGAUCAAGUGGACUCUAGCUUUGCCAGUGAUUUCUCAUCCCCAUUGCAUUCCGAGGCUGAACAGUCCUUUGAUGGAGAGUCCAUUGGUGAGGAUUCUGAUAGUCACCUUGAUGUUGCAUCCCCCGUCCACAAUGCUUCCUCGGACCGCAUCCUGGAGCUGGAGGAGACCUUGGAAGGCAAGGAGCUCGCUCUGAGGAUGAUGCAGCAGGAGCUUGACGAUGCCAACAAGGCAUUGGUAGAAGCUAAGGACCACGCCCAGUCCAUCCAGGCCGAGGCCGAGCAGCAUGCAGCGGGAGGGUCUCCCCGUGGUGGUGGUGGGGUCGGGACUGGGGAUUCCCCACCCUCGAACAACCUUGAUGCCCACCAACAAGCUGGCGAUAGCCGUCAUUGGCAGAGUGCUUCCAUCCAGCCUGAAGCUUUAAUGCAAGAUAGAGAGGCAGAAUACAAAGCAGCAAUAGAACAAUAUAACCUCAAGAUAAUUGAAUUCCAAACUGCAUUAGCCCAAAGAGACGAAAUUAUCAAGCAGCUGUCAGAUAACAUGCAGGGUGCUCUCCAGAGUCGAGAUGAGGUACAACGGGAGGCCACUAAUCAGGCCGAGAACCUUUCGCAGCAGAUACAAUCACUACAGUCACAACUCAGAACGGCAGGAGAGACGUUACAGAGCCAAGGGAAAACUCAGGUUGCUGAAUUGGCAGAGGAACUGACCCAAGCUCACCAUCAGGUCGUCAAUCUCCGCCAAACAGUAGCUGAUAAAGAUGCUUUGAUGCAUGAACUUGCCAAUAGAUACUCACAAAAAUCUGAGGAACUAUUUGACUUGAAAGAGGAGAAGGAGGCUCUUGUGCGGGAGCAUGCUGGUGAGGUGGCAACCCUGAAGCAUCAGGUCGAUGAGCUUAGGGGAGACAGUAGUGCCCUUCCGAAGGAAGAGACGAUCGAGAUGCUCCGGGCAGAGCUGGAUGAAAGCUAUGGAAACCAGAUGAUGUUGAUGAAGCAGCAGCUUAUGGAGAACCAUCACCAGGAGACAGAAUUGCUGCAGCAGCGCUGCAAUGAGCUGCAGGUUCUUGCCAGAACUAAUGCAGGAGCUGCCGAUGCAGAAGUUGGUGCGCUGAAGAAUCAGCUGGCGGCGAAAGCAGAAGAAGCGGAAGCAUUCAAGGAGCAACUUCAGAAACUUGUGACUGAAUUUUCCAGGCAGAAUGAAGAGAUUGAGCAGAAGCAUGCUGCUGAUAUUGAUAUACUCAAAAGAGAACUGGAAGCAGAAUUCAAAGUUAAGAUGGACGAGAUGGAGAGUGAGAAGGAGGUAGAGCGAGAGAACCAGGCAGGAGCAGUAUCUGCCCUUACAGAGAAACUCAACCAAGCUUUAAAUGACAACAAAGAACUAACUGAAAUCCGUGACACUUAUGAGGGGCAGAUAUCCCGCCUUGUGAAACAAUUCGAAGAAACGCAACAGGCCAAUGAGACGGCUGCUGAUGCAAAUGCUCUUGUUGAGGAAGAAAGAAAAAAAUAUGCUGAAGAAAUGGAAGAACUGAAGGAGCAGUUAAACAGGAUUAAUGAGGAUAACAAAGAACUCACACAAAUCAGGGAAGCCUAUGAGGGGCAGAUUGCAAGAUUGAGUUCCGAAUUGGAAAACAAACCCAACUUCGAUGCGGAACUGGAUACUGAUAAGAACAAAGAUGAACGUCUAGCCCAGUAUGAAGCACAAGUGCAGCAGUUGGAAAGAGAACUUGAAUUAAGCAAGGCAAGUGGACCUUCCAUGGAAAAACUACAGGAAAUCCGGGAAGAAGUGGCAGCAGAGGUCAAGAUGGAUUAUGAUGAUCUGAUUGAAGACAUGAAGUAUGAUCAUGAAGGCCAGUUGAAGAGACUCAAAGUUCAGCUUGAUGUCGAGUAUAAAGAUGACUUGAGAGACGCUACUAAAGCAGUUGAAGAUCAAUUUGAGCAGAAGGUCAAGAUGGUUCAAACUGAAAAAGAGCGAGAGUUUGUGCUCGAACUCCAGAAAGUGAGGGCUGAGCUUCAAGAUCAGUAUGACGAAAAGUUGCGUGAGGAAUUGGAAAAAGAGAGGUCCAAAUCACCUGCAGAAGUGCAUGUGGCCGCCGAAGUAGUAACUGAGGAUGCUACUCAAGGAAGUGGGGUUCUUACUUUAAAGACUGAUUUGAUGUCCAAGCUGCAAACUGAAGUGCAAGAUCUGUCUGAAGUCAGGGAUGAUCUUCUUGAACAACUGGAAGUAGCCACGCGUGAUCAAGAAACAUUGAGAGAGGAGUUAGCCGCUGCAACUUUUGAGAAAACCAAUUUGAAUGCUGAGGUAGAACAGCUGAAGGAUGAAUUACAGAGUAUACACUUCCAGGCUGACACAUCUAUUGAUUCGCCUUUCUAUGACAAUGAACGAGAUGAUCUUAAUGAUAAGCUACAGGUAAUGAACAGUAAAUUGCAAUCUCAGGAGCAGGAUCAUGAGAUAGAGGUAUCAGGUUACAUUGCCAAGAUUGAAGCUUUGAAGCAAGAAAUGGCAAAGGCCACUCUGGCUCAUGAUCAGGAAAAAGGUGAAUUAGAUAACAAGGUCCAAGAACUAGAAUCUUUACUGAAAGAGACGGUAGAUCGCCCUUCGGAAGACUUGCAAGGACUUGGAGAAAGAAAUGCAAAUCUUGUGUCGGAGAUUGAAAGAAUGCAGAGUGAGUUGACUGAUGCAAAGAAUUUUAUUGAGGAACACAGUCAAAGAGCCACUGAUCUUGAAUUUAAGAACAAGAUGUUUGAAGAGCAGGUCAAAGAUCUUGAGAGACAGUUAGCAUUUAGUGGUCAUGAAAUGGAAGGCCUUCAAGAGGCUAUGACAUCUUUACGGGAAUCACAAAAGAUGGAGAUGCAAAAGCUCAGCGAAGAGAAGACUAGAUUGGAGGCUGAGUUAGCAGAGGCGAAUGAUGAAAUUGAAAAAAUGAAAAGUGAAGAUACCAAUGUAGAUACCAAUGAUGAUGCUACAACAGAGCUUGAAGAAAGAUUAAAGGAAGUGGAAGAGGAGAAAAGAAGAGUGGAUGAACUUUUGGAAAAGGCUGGAUUAGAAUUGGACCGUCUGAGAGAAGAGGUUGAUCAGUCAGAAGAGAAAAUACAUGAUCUUGAGGGGGAGGUUUGUAGACAAGCUGCUGAGAGAAAUGACCUGGAUGAUAAAAUGUGUAUUCUGGAGAAAGAGCGAGAUCAACUGCUCACAGAGAAAGAAGAGUUGCAGCACCGGCUUGAAACUGAAGAGAAAGAACGGGAGAGCCAAGUAGGGGAAUUGGAAUCCAGGAUAACUUCCCUUUGUGAUGAGGGAAAUGCUGGUUCUGAAAUGGCAAGACAAGAGAGAGACAGUGCCUUAGGAUCCUUAGAUUCUCUCACAGGUCAAUACCAAGCCAUAGAUGCCAAGAAUAAAGAAUUGGAGUUGCAUGUGGCGAAUUUAGAAGAACAACUGACAAGGCAACAGUCAAUGCAGAUUGUACGAGAUGUUGAAAUCAUGGCACAGAGGGAGACCUUUGAGGAGGCUGUAGCUAAUUAUGACAGGGUGAUUGGUGAGUUGAAAGCUGAGAAAGAAGAAAUCAGGUUGGAGCUUGAAAGGCAAAAUACAUCAAAUGAGCCGUCUCAUCUUCCAACCCCUAUUGAGGAAGAAUUGAUAGUUGCUGGUUCCAUUGCCCCUGUGGCUGCAGCUGUACCAUUAACAGGUGAAGGUGAAGAUUCAGCUGAUGGGAGAGACUUUGCUAAUUUACCAGGUGAGCUUGAGACAACAGUUGAAGCAUUCAAAGAUGAGAAUAAUGAUUUAAAAUCUAAGCUUGGAGAAGCCAACGAGGAGAUAGAAUUCUUGGUGCAUAGGGAGCAUCAGCUCAAGCAAGAAUUGGCAGCUCUGAAAGUACUUCUUCAGGAAGGAGAGGAAGAAAAAGAAGCUCUUGAAGAUCUCAUUGAAGAAGAGAAAGUACAGAUCAAAGAGUUGAAACGGGUUGAUGAAGAGCUCGAAAGAGAAAACCAGGAGUUGAAGGAUGUUAUAGAUCGUCAGCCAGAGGUGCUAGAUGAUCAGGCAGCAGUUGUUAAUGGUCUGGAAGAGGAGGUGUCCAAGUUGAAGAAAGAGCUGGAGGAAAAUCAUGAGCUGUAUGAGAGAGAAAAUGCACUUCUCAAGGAGGCUUUGCAAGAGGAGAGAGACACAACUUCAAGGUUACUUAAUGAAGGGGAGUCACCCACAUCGAGAGACUCUCUCUUGCAAGAAAUUAUUGACCUGAAGCAGCGCCUUGCUCACAAGGACCAGACAGAGCAUGAAAUUCUCACAGAGAAGAACCUUCAGAUAGGUCUCCUGCAGGAGACAAAUGCCAAGCUAGAAGAGGAGAAGAAUGACAUGAGCACAAAGAUCAAUGACCUUGAGAAGCGAAUUUCCUGGAGCUUCAAUCUGAACAAACGGCUCUGA